CCUUUCCACCGGCGUUCAAUCGUGAAGCGAGUUGACUGUUGCAGCUCCGUAUGUGGCGCAUGAGUGUGCGUUUCGGGAUGUAACGGCUGCUUCUCGGUGUAGCGAUACUGAAUUUAGAGAUAUAUAUAUAUAUUUAUUUAUUUACAUAUACCCUUUGGACUCACAGGAGAGAAUACCUAAGGAGAGCGGACACAUAGUCAGGGGGUUUCACGACAGCGCGGAGCGGAGGGAGACACGGGAGCGUGGCAGGAGGGACGCUCGAGCAAAUCCAACCGACACCGCACGCAGAAAUGGCGGAGCACCACGCAGCCAGCGACGGCAAGCACAAAGCGUCCACCAAUGCCGGGGGGUCGGUGCACGGGAACAGCAGACCCGGCGCCGCGGGUGGAGGAGGGGGCAAAGUAGGCCUGUCUGGCGGACUGACACAGCCAGCCGGGUGGCAGUCUUUACUCUCCUUCAGCAUUCUUUUCCUGGCCUGCCUGGCGGGAUUCAGCUCCAGACUUUUCGCGGUGAUCCGGUUCGAGAGCAUCAUCCACGAGUUUGAUCCAUGGUUCAACUACAGAUCAACGCACCACCUCACCACAAAUGGCUUCUACGAGUUCCUGAACUGGUUUGAUGAAAGGGCGUGGUACCCCUUGGGCAGGAUCGUUGGUGGCACAGUGUACCCGGGGUUAAUGGUGACUGCAGGACUUAUCCACUAUGUCCUCAACCUGCUCCACAUCACAGUCCACAUCCGAGAUGUAUGUGUCUUUCUGGCCCCAGUGUUCAGCGGUCUGACCGCCAUCUCCACUUUUCUACUGACACGGGAGCUGUGGAACCAGGGUGCAGGGCUGCUGGCGGCCUGCUUCAUUGCCAUCGUCCCUGGAUACAUCUCCCGCUCCGUCGCUGGCUCCUUCGAUAAUGAGGGCAUCGCUAUCUUCGCCCUUCAAUUCACCUACUACCUCUGGGUGAAAUCGGUGAAGACCGGCUCUGUAUUCUGGACCAUUGGCUGCUGUCUCUCUUAUUUCUACAUGGUAUCCGCAUGGGGAGGAUAUGUGUUCAUUAUCAACUUGAUUCCUCUGCAUGUGUUUGUGCUGCUGCUGAUGCAACGCUACAGCAGAAGAGUCUACAUCGCUUACAGCACUUUCUACAUCGUGGGUCUGGUAUUGUCGAUGCAGAUCCCUUUUGUCGGCUUCCAGCCAAUCAGGACAAGCGAGCACAUGGCUGCUGCCGGUGUGUUUGCACUUCUGCAAGCCUACGCCUUCCUGCAGUACCUGAAGGACAGGCUGACCAGGCAGGAGUUCCAGACACUGUUCUUCCUCGGCGUCUCACUCGCUGCUGGCAUAGUCUUCCUCACCGUGAUCUACCUAACAUACACAGGAUACAUCGCUCCGUGGAGUGGUCGUUUCUACUCUCUCUGGGACACCGGCUAUGCAAAGAUCCAUAUCCCCAUCAUAGCAUCGGUGUCGGAGCACCAGCCAACGACGUGGGUGUCUUUCUUCUUCGACCUCCACAUCCUGGUCUGCACGUUCCCUGCAGGCCUCUGGUUCUGUAUCAAGAACAUCAAUGAUGAACGAGUGUUCGUGGCCUUGUACGCCAUCAGUGCGGUCUAUUUUGCCGGUGUGAUGGUGCGCCUGAUGCUGACACUGACUCCGGUGGUGUGCAUGCUGUCAGCAGUGGCUUUCUCCAGUGUCUUUGAGCACUACAUGGGAGAUGACACAAAGAGGGAGAAGCCCCCAGCUGAAGACAGCAGCGACGAGGACGACAAGAGGAAUUCUGGGAAUCUUUAUGACAAGGCCGGCAAGGUGCGCAAGCACGUGUCGGAGCAGGAGAAGGCCGAGGAGGGUUUGGGUCCGAACAUCAAGUCCAUCGUCACCAUGCUCAUGUUGAUGCUGCUGAUGAUGUUCGCGGUCCACUGCACCUGGGUCACCAGCAAUGCCUACUCCAGCCCCAGCGUGGUGCUCGCCUCGUACAACCAUGACGGGACGCGUAACAUCCUGGAUGACUUCAGGGAGGCUUACUACUGGCUGAGACAGAAUACAGACGAGCAUGCACGCGUCAUGUCGUGGUGGGACUACGGCUACCAAAUAGCCGGCAUGGCCAACAGGACCACACUGGUGGAUAAUAACACUUGGAACAACAGUCACAUAGCACUGGUGGGGAAAGCCAUGUCCUCCAACGAGAGCGCAGCCUACCAAAUCAUGAGGUCGCUGGACGUGGACUAUGUUCUGAUUAUCUUCGGCGGUGUAAUCGGCUACUCUGGAGACGAUAUAAACAAGUUCCUGUGGAUGGUGAGGAUAGCAGAGGGAGAGCACCCCAAAGACAUCAGGGAGAGUGACUACUUCACUCCUCAGGGAGAGUUCCGAGUGGACAAGGCCGGUUCACCAACUCUGCUCAACUGCCUCAUGUACAAGAUGUCCUACUAUCGAUUUGGUGAAAUGCAGCUGGACUUCAGGACGCCUCCGGGCUUUGACCGAACACGCAACGCCGAGAUCGGCAACAAGGACAUCAAGUUCAAGCACCUGGAGGAGGCGUUCACCUCGGAGCACUGGCUGGUCAGGAUCUACAAGGUCAAGAAGCUGGACAACAGAGAGCCGCUGGACCACAAGCUGCGCAGCGUGGUGCCCAAGCAGAAGUACACCUCCAAAAAGACAGCCAAGAGGAAGCGAGGCCACAUCAAGAACAAGCUCGCCCUGAGGAAAGGCAAGAAAUUACAAAAGAAAUAAAUGAUGAUGAACUCUUCUGGGAAAAAAACAAACGAAAAUGCGAAGAAAAAAACCUCGAACAACCAAUGAAGAAGAACACAGGGGCCGUUUAUCUGGCACUUGGUCUCAAGCGCUUCCCAUUAGAGCGCCCCCGUGUGUUGAGGAAGUUGAAGUGUCAUAUCUGGCUAGCUCCAGAACUGUUGUCUGUUUUAUCCUGAGGAUCUUUGUCUGGCUUUUUUUUUUUCUCCUGGUCUUGUUUUUCUGUUUGUUUUUUUUUGUUUGUUUUUUUUUUACUUUGUACUUGAAUGUGUGACGAGGCAUAGGGCUGCUCUACUUGGUUUUCGGCGUCGAUUUUUAAAAAAAAAUGUUUUGUUUUGUUUUUUUGUGGUACGUUAAUUAACUGCUUAUCAGUACGGGGUGAGAGAGGAGGCAGAGGGGAAACGAGAGAAGACUAGGAACAUUUGCACCAAAGACCCAUCGACCUUGCUCCAUGGCACAUGUGAACUCAUUACUGAGAGUGAGGAAGCGCGGCGGGGAGGAGGGGGGGUGAAAGCUGAGGACUUGUUCCUGACACGUGUACAGAGGACAGUAUGCGGUAUGGAGGAACGUCACUGUCGUUCUAGACACGGUCCAUCUGUAAUAUUAACCUUUUUAUCAUCAUCAUCAUCUCCUUUAAUGUCUGCCUGGCUCCCCGACCUUCUUUUUCAACAAAUUCUUUAGACAAAAAAAAAAAAUUGGCCUAAUAUGUAAAUAUGUUAUGUAAAGAAAAAUGUCUAAAAGGAUGAUAAUAUAUUGGAUUGUUGUGGUGAUUUUUAAAUAUGCAGUCUUUUUUGUUUUUUCUCUUAAUUUCUCUCUAUGUGAUUGUUUCGGGUGUUUGUUUUUUUGUACGGCAGCAAAAUCGGACAGUGAAUGCAAUAAUUCUUGUACAGAGAGGGGCUUUGAGAUUUUUUUGUUGAAAGAAUGAAUGUGAAUUUUUACAAUGUCCCCCCCCCCCUCCCCAGCCCCCUCUUUUUCAUAAAUUGCAUAGAUUGUACAUUUUCUGCUGCUAGGGUUUUAAAAGACAGAAGCAAGCAACUGUGUGUAAAAAGUAGUGAUAAUAAAUUAGGCCUCCCUUCCUGCAGAGGGAGCUCUCUAGUUCAGCGUGCAAAGCCUAGUGCCUCAUCACUGGUCAUCAUCGCCUCAUGAUUUUGUGACUGUCUCUUGAUUUGUUAGUGUUUUUUUGGUUUUGUAUCUUAGCAGCCGGUCGGGUGCUUCAACCUUGACUGAGGCUUUGGAAAAUGGACAUUUUUCUUAAGAUGUCUCGAAAUAGAUUGGUGAACUGUGAAGGGGGGGGGUAGUUAGAACACAGGCACUGAGAGUGGAACUAGAAAAAGAUAGCUGAGGGUCAGGAAAGACAAGAGCUUCCAUCUUUUUUUGUCUAAUACGAUGGUGGACUAACAACCAUCUUUAGAGCUGUGUCCUAAUUCCAUACUGCAUACGAGUCUUUAAAGGUAUCUGCCAAGUUGUUUUAUUUACACUGUAGAAAUAACCGCUUUUCUCAGAUCUGUUAGUUAUCAUUAGGGAUGCAACUAAGCAAUUAUUUGUUUGUCAAUAAAAUGUCAGAAAAUCAGUUUCCAGGAGCUCAAAGUGAUGUUAAAUAUCAUGUUUUUGUCCGACUAAAAGUCCAAAAUCCCCAAAUAUUCUCUUUAGUAUUUAGUCAUUUAAGCUGAUAUGAAAUAGAAAAAAGUUGCAAAUCUUCAUACCGAAGAAGCUCCACCAACAUUUUUCCUGACAAAAACUUACACAAUUUAUUAAUAAUUAAAAUCUGCCAAUUAAAGAGGUGUUUUCUCCAGUUUUGUUCAUUAUAGUCACUUGACAUAUUGGUGCAAUAUCUAGGAAUUGGUAAAUCCAUACACUAAACAGAUGAGGGGAAGCAUAUCACCAAAAUAAACUCUGAGCGUAGCUGCUGUUAGCUCGUUAGCUCUGCAGGUAGUGGUCCAAGCUUGGAGCAUCAGCAAAGUGUUUACACUGUUAGCAAAGGAGCUGUAGCCUGAGACAGGUGGGGGCUAACUGAUUAGCAUGCUGACUUCAGUAGAAGUGUCAUCAACAUAACGUCGUAUAAACAUUCUGUUGGUAAUUUUAGUCAAUUUUAGGAUGUUUUCAACUAUAAUUCCUACAUAUUGUACCUUUUAAGAAAGACUGAUAUAUAAAUGAUUAAGUUUGAGAUAAAAACCUCCAUUGCAUUUUGCAUUGUCACAGCCAUGUCCAGUAAAAGCCUCACCUCUGUUACUGAGACACUUCUGUUAAAAAAAAAAAAAGGGAAAUUCAAAAGGCCCUUUAAUUGUCUAGUGAGCAAACUAGAUUUGAUCAAUCUUUGAGAGAACUUCUACUCUUUGUUUAAAAUAUUAGUUGAAAGUAGUACUGCUAACGAUUAUUUUCUUUAUUGAUUAAUCAGUUGAUUAUAGUCUAUCCAUAAAAUAUUCACAAAAUUGUGACCAGGAAUUUUCGUCCAAGUUGACGAUAUUUAACAAAACUGCUUUAAAAAGUCACUUAACCGGUUAAUUAAAAAAAAAAAACCUGAUUGAUACGAGGUGGUAUAAAGUUAGGACACAGCUUUAACGAGCUGUCACCUCUGACUCGUUAACUCUGUGGGCACUGCACUGUUCUUUGAGUCUGGGCUCUUCAGACGUCUGAACGCUCAAGGUGUGUGCGUGUGUGUGUGUGCGCACGCUUCAUUACUUUUGUUAUCAAAUAAGUGACACAUCAAAAGACUAACGCAUCACACAGCUGUACUUGUUUUGUCACGGUCUCACAGAAAGUGACUUUUAUUAGUACCACCUGCUUGUUUGUUUCCCUCCAUAUAUUUUCUUUUUUAAAUUGUGUCUGAAAUGCUUUGUUCUUUUUUCUCGCUUUGAUCUUGUGUGUCACCGUUUUCAGGCUUCAGACCUUUUCGACACAACGCCACAUUGUGACUCACACAACGCCUAAAACUGUGUCGUGCCCUUUUUUUUUUUUUUUUGCAUUCCUCAUUUGUUCGAGAAGAGAGUUCAGACUAAGCCUUAAUGUGAUGUGCAGUUCGUGUUUUGCCCUCUUUUAUGUUUUUCAUCGUUAUCUUACAUUUUGUGUCACUGAGGAGCGGCGGAACAGUUCUUCCUUCUUACUAAGUUUUACUCAUCAUCUCUUUGUAGCUCAGCGCCGUCUGACCCCCGACACAGAUUUAUGUUCGAUGAAUCCCUCCCUCACCUUUCAAAGUUUACAUUUUUACAUUGUUGUUCUGUUCAGCCAUCUUUAAAUAUACACUUUAAUGAAAAA